UGCCUGUUGCAGUGGUUUGUGUCUUAAAAAGAAAGAAGGGAAAAUCCACAUAUUUGGCUGGUUGUUUAAUGCGUUUCUGCCAAGGAGCUUUGGUAGUCAUGAGAGGGGCUGAGCUGUGCUAGUGUGCGUACGGUUAUUGGUGUUUCAUCAUUACUGGACUAGUGGCUUAGAGGUGGGGUGGGGAUCACAUCCAAUGCGUCGGUUCUGAAAAAUGACACACUCACUCAGAAACGUUGCUACAUCUGGAUGGUGACAACAUGAGCUGCGAUUUCGUGUGACAAUGCACAACUCUCCUCUUUUCCAGUACCUGCACGAUCUAGGGCACACAGACUUCGAAGCAUGUCCAACGGCAUCACAGGAAGAGGAAUAUGGUGGGCAAGAGGGAGACCUCACGUCUGCUGGCGAAAAUCCACAGAAAACCCCAGGAGGACGUUUACGGAGACUGGUUGAGACCUUGUGGACAUGGAGCCAUUUUCACCAGGCAGCUGCAUCUCAUAAGCUGGAGCAACAACUGGACAGCAUGUUUGGCCAGUAUUCGGUGAGAUGCAUCCUGGACCAGGACAUCCUGCUGCAGGAGGACGUGGAGCUUAUCGAGCUGUUAGAUCCGAGUCUGCUCACCUUCGGUUCAUCGCCUUCUGGCUCCCCCAGCCAAACAAACAUCUUGCCCAGGCCGACCCUCAUCGCCAGGCCCUCCCUAUGGGAUGGUGCAGGGCUGGUGGUACUGGCUGCGGUGCUGCUGGGACUUUGCUCCUCAUCUGAAGGCCUUUGGACACUGGUAGCUGCUCCAUGGGGCCUGGUCGUGCUUGGCUGGGUGGGACUGAGGGGGGUCACGCUGUGGAGAAGAGGCUGUAUGCAGAGAGCUGUACACAAAAGGGCCACACAGCUCCAGACUCUGGUCCACAACAGCAAGACUCUGACCGGACUGUCUCGCAAAGCCUUGCGUCUGGUUCAGGAGACUGAGGUCAUCUCCAGAGGGUUCACCCUUUUGCUCGACAGGGUGAGUGCGGCCAGCUCCUUUAGCAGGGCGGCGCCGGGGGUGGUGCCACGAGGCCAGCAGCUCAUCGGAUUGAGGAAGGUCUUGUACCGGGCGCUCCGUUCAGCCUUCAGAGCCUCUCGUAGGGCCACCUGUCACAUGCUCAAGGCGUUCCCUCUAAACUCUGAAAUUGACAAUGUGACCAACUACGUUUGUGCAGUGCCUCUGAAGGAGCUGGGGCUCGGCCUGGGGAUCGAGCACCUGGGUGACGAGCAGGCUCAGGAGCUGACAGAUGACUACAGCCUUCCUGCCCUGAAGAUGUUGUUCCAGUUGUGGGUGGGACAGAGCUCAGAAUGUUUCCGUCGGCUGGCUCUUCUCCUCUCACCCCACCGAAUAGAGGAGUCAGAGGAGGGUGGACCCAAAAGAGAGAGGUCAUCUCCCCCUCCUCCUCCACUGCACCAAUCCAUCGGUGCCGUAACUGAGCCCCUCCAUCACGCUCUCGCCAGCUGUCUUAGCGAAGUUCAGCGCAGCUACGAUUUCCACCGGCACUUUGAGAUUCAGCCGAGGACGACUGGCUCUGACAGGACGGGGAGAGCCAGGGAGAAAUGCCGAGAGCUCAACACCCUGCACACCUCAAUCCGAAGCCUGCAGCUGCACCUCAAGGCUCUGCUCAGCGAGAUGAUCAUACUGGAGGAUGAUCUCGAGAAGCUGAUGGUAUCCAAAGAACUGACUGAGCUGACACUUGAAGGCUACCGGGACCUUAGUGACCGGCUGCACCAGCUGCAGCCGCACAUGCAAGCCAGCACUGGCUGCUGGGAGGACACCAUCAGCCAGGUGGAACGCAUGCUGAGACGAGCAAACGCCUAUCCAGGUAAUGCGGAGGGUCUGGAGCAGUGUGGUCCUCCUAUGCCUGAAGUUCCUGCUCCUCCUCCAUCUUACCCCUUGAUCCUGGACAGAGACCCAGUGCCAGAGGAGCUGGAAUGGGAGGCCUACGUGUCGGACUCAGACUCUGAUGGGGAAGGCAGAGGGUCAUGGUCUGACAUGUUGUCUCCGGAGGAGCGGGAACGACAGCGGAGGGAGAGGGAGGAGUCUCGUCGCGUCCUGUCAGAGCUAAAAGCUGUUCUGGGCUUCCGUGCGUCCGAGGGGGAGAGGAUGAAGAGGAAACAGCUGCUGUUCAAUGACCAAGCUGCCGAGUCGCCUUCAGUUCUCGCUGAGAGUUCUGAUCCUGCCACAGAGCCAUCAGACGCUCCAACUUCUGUGGGUGCAAUAGAAACUGGAAGUGAAGAAGAAAACCACCUAUCAGAGCACUCUGCAGGAAAGGAAGGUGAAAGGGAGGAAGGGGAAGGAAAAGGCGGCAGGGUGAGGCCUGACCUUUCCGCAGACCCUGUGACGGAGUUCAGCUGCGGCUCUGAGAAAGAGGAGUCAGGAGGAACUUCAGUCUGCAGUAGAGGAGGGGGAGGAGCAUCAGAGCUGCACCAAUAUGACGGGGAGGAGGGAGAUGGCCAGAAUGGCCUGGACUGCUUCCUGAAGCCUAAAGUCCCCGCCAUCUCUGUGAUGGACAGACUGACAGAGAUGCACGGCUCGGAGACGCUCAGCUUCAGCUCCGCCCUCGCUGCACAGGUUGCCGCCCGUUCGCACUCGCUCAUCAACAUGGAAGAGCAGACGUUUGGAGAUGAUGAAGAAGAAGAAGAAGAGGAGGAGGAGAGUGACAGAAGAAUUUCUGAAACAUAAAACCUGCUGCUUUAACUGAGCACUGAGUGGAGACUGGUCAUCUUUUAUCAAUGGGUCUGUGUUACACCUAACUACUUAUUAUAUGGAGGUAUUUUAAACCCUAUUACCUGUCCGUCCAUGUCACUCUUACUGUACAUCAAACACAAUUCUUACUACUCUUUUGCUGUUGAAACUCAGGUACCAGAACCACUCAAACGAAACCAUGACUUCACUGAAUUGAAGCCAGAUAGUCCUCAGUUUACUCGGUGAUAACUGCAAAAAUGUAAAACGAUCAGUUGUUGAGCAGAUGUGGAAGAAACACAUGAUCCUCAUCAUGACAUACGUGUUGAAUGGUUGUUCACAAGGAGAAAAAAAAUGCUGCUUUUUGGUUUUAGUACAAGAAAUGGAGCCCAAACCAGUCUGAGUUAUUGGCAGGAGGGAAAUUCUCUGAAGGUGUGUUUAGGCAGAAAACUGGUUUCACCACAGGAUUGUUUGUGUUAACCACUCUGAGUACCAACUGCAAAAAUUAUAUGCCACAGGUAUUGUUGUCUACAAUGAUAAUAUUCCCACAGGUGUUCACAAGGAUAGCUAAAAAGCCUGCUACAUCCUCUGAAAAGCUUUCCCAUGGUUUUAAUCCCUUAACGACUGACCCACAAAAUAAUGGGCAGAAAAUUCUACCUUUUUUUUUUAUUCUUUUAUCUAAAGUUUUUCUUUGGGGCCCUUUAAAAAAAACAUACAUAAU